AUGAGCGCGGCGCUGCUCCGGAGUCGUCCGGACCCCCAUGCCCUGAAAAGAAUCGCCCUUUUAUCACGUCGGUAUCAGUCCUCGAAGUCUCCAGCAUCAGCAGGCCUCGCGGCAUCCCGAACCCGGUUACCCCAUCGCACUGCGACAGCUCAAUGCUUGGCGUCGCGUGCCUUUUUCAACUCCCAAUACUCCGUCCGGCAUAAUUCUACAACCCCUGAAGCCAGCGAACCUACGCGGAGAUCCUCCUUCCGCAAUGCCGUCUUCAAGUCCUUUGCCUAUUGCGGCUUCUUCAUUGUCAUGAGCGGUGCUGCCGUCGUGGCGUUCUUCAUCUACGAUGCAACCACUUACCGCGAAAACUCGAGUGCGGAGGACAUCCCCGUUUCGGAAUUGGCGCUGAAUCCCCGGCGCGGUGGACCUAAGAACCUCCCCAUUGCGGAGGUCUUGCUUGGAGACAGUGAUUCAGAGGCUAAGCUGGAGCAGAAGGACAAGCCCCGCCUGGUCAUCCUGGGUACGGGUUGGGGUAGCAUCGCGCUUCUGAAACAUCUCAACCCCGGCGACUACCAUGUCACGGUCGUGUCCCCUACCAACUACUUCCUGUUCACUCCGAUGCUGCCGUCUGCGACGGUGGGAACUUUGGGUUUGAGGUCGCUUGUCGAGCCUGUUCGUCGGAUCGUGCAGCGGGUGCAUGGCCAUUUCCUCAAGGGAGAGGCUCAGGACGUUGACUUUUCCGAGAAGUUGGUCGAGGUAUCUCAACUCGAUGCCAAUGGCCAGGAGCAGAGGUUCUAUCUGCCUUAUGAUAAGCUAGUCAUCGGUGUCGGUUGUGUAACCAACCCCCACGGCGUUAAGGGACUGGACAACUGCCACUUCCUGAAGUCGAUCGAUGAUGCCCGGAAGAUUAAGAAUAAGGUUUUGGAGAACAUGGAGCUUGCCUGCCUGCCUACGACCAGUGACGAGGAGCGUAAGCGACUUUUGUCCUUCGUUGUCUGCGGUGGCGGCCCGACUGGCGUUGAGUUCGCUGCGGAGCUGUUCGAUCUGCUCAACGAGGACCUUCUUUACUCCUUCCCUAAGAUCCUUCGGAAUGAGAUUUCCGUGCACAUCAUCCAGAGCCGUAGUCACAUUCUAAACACCUACGACGAAGCGCUCUCUCGCUAUGCUGAGUCCCGUUUCGCUCGCGACCACGUCGACGUCUUGACGAACGCCAGAGUGGCGGAGGUCCGCGACGACCGAGUCCUCUUCACGCAAGAGGAAGACGGUAAGCGCAUCCUGAAGGAGAUCCCCAUGGGCUUCUGCCUGUGGUCCACUGGUGUCGCCCGCGCCGAUCUCUGCAAGCGCCUCUCCGACAAGCUUGAAUCCCAAAACAACAAGCAUGCCCUCGAAACAGACUCCCACCUUCGUCUCAUCGGCGCGCCCCUCGGCGAUGUCUACGCAAUUGGCGACUGCUCUACCGUCCAGAACAAUCUCGCCGGCAACAUCAUGUCCUUCCUGCGCACCAUCGCCUGGGAGAAGGGCAAGGACCCCGAGAAGCUGCACCUGACCUUCCGCGAAUGGCGCGAAGUAGCAACCCGCAUCCGCAAGCGUUUCCCUCAAGCCUCGAACUACCUCCGCCGCCUUGACAAGCUCUUCGAGCAAUACGACAAGGACCAGUCCGGUACGCUUGAGUUUGGCGAACUCUCUGAGCUCCUGCAUCAAAUCGACACGAAGCUCACUUCCCUGCCUGCUACCGCGCAGCGCGCAAACCAGCAGGGCGAGUACCUGGGCCGUAAGCUGACCAAGAUUGCGGCAGCGCUGCCGGGUAUGCAGGCCAACCAGAUCGACUAUGGAGAUCUGGAUGAGGCGUGCUACAAGGCUUUCAAGUACAAGCACUUGGGAAGUUUGGCGUACAUCAGCAAUGCUGCUAUCUUUGACUUUGGCGGUUUGAACUUUAGCGGUGGUGUCCUGGCGAUGUACCUCUGGCGUAGUGUUUACUUUGCCGAGAGCGUUAGCUUCAGAACGAGGUGUAUGCUGGCCAUGGAUUGGGCCAAACGGUCGUUGUUUGGGAGAGUCGAAUAUUUCUUCCUCGUUUCUCUCUACUAUUGCAUAGUCCUCAAGCCUAUCUGGAUGUAG